AUGCAGAGCGCUGACAGGUUCACAAUGCUGGAUCUGAUCCAAUUACUUUUGUCUGUCCCCUCUAUGCAGUUCAUCCGCGAGUCGAGCGCCUUUUACACAUCAAAGCCACAUUUUUCUGGGCAAGGUCUUGAUCAAGCGCAGUGGACGCAGGGAAAAUGGAAAGACUACGGCAUUUCGGACUCUCGACUUUUCUCUUACAAUGUGCAACUACCAGCUCCAACUGAGCACCAGCGAUUGGCCCUGCUCCGAGGCUCGAAAAUCCUCUAUGAGGCGCCAUUGAAUGACAGCGAGAAUGGAUUCUAUCCUGCGUUCUACAGCUUUGUCACCAAUGCGAGCAUUUCUGCACCCUACAUUUUUGCGAACUUCGGUGCAGAAGACGAUGACGAGGAUCUUUCAAAGAACAAUGUUAAUCUCGCGGGGAAUUAG